UUAUCCCCCCGCUAAAGUGACACCGCAAGACCUUAGAGCUAACUCCCAGAGCAGUAUCCGUCUAGUUGCAGGGCCGGAGAAAGCCGCAGACCCCCUUUGGCCCGCUUCUUUUUCUCACCACUCAGCAACGCACUCACCUCAGCAUUUUACAAAGCCUGCAGAGAGAAAGGAGAAACCUCCCUGGCGCAUUCUCUGGUUCCCCGGGGCAGAGAGAGCGGCAGCAGGGAGGGAGAACGCGGUGGGGCCGUGAGGAUGGCGGACGUGUUUAGCGGGCGGAUCCUUGUCAACAAGGAUGGGGACACGGUGGAGCCCGAAGAGGUGCUGCAGAACAGGGGUGGGAUUGGUAUCUUCUCAGCAGGCUGGUGCUCCCCUUGCAGGGACUCACUCCCGCUCCUCUGCGACUUCUACACGGAACUGGUGGAAGAGACCCAUCCGCCGGCCCCCUUCGAAAUAGUCUUUAUUUCCUCCGACCGCACCCCGGAGGAGAUGGUAGAUUAUAUGCACGACAUGCACGGGGAGUGGUUAGCCCUACCUUUUCACGACCCCUUCAAACAUGAUUUGAAGAAGAGGUAUAAUAUCACAGCCAUACCUAAGCUGGUGGUGGUGAAACAAACUGGAGAGGUCAUCACUGACAAAGGACGGAAACAAAUUAGAGAACAAGGACUCUCCUGCUUCCAAAACUGGUUGGAAGGAGCUGACAUCUUUCAGAAUUUUUCUUACUGAGUUUGGAAAUAAUGGCAUACAAGGCAGUGGGCAACCUUAGGGUGCAGUCAUCAUACAAUUUUCAUAGUUCUGAAGAUUAUUCUUAUCAUACUGACGGCAAAAGUAAAGGGCAAAAACAUUAAUGUCCCAUUGUCAAUUAGUAUUUAUUUUAUUAUACUUCAUGAGAGAGGCGCUAAGAAAGAACGUUAAAUAAAUGUUUCUCAGGAAAAAUAUCUUCUUUAUUCUGAUUAUGUAGGCUCAUUUAUUACUUUUGCUAUUUUCAGGGUAAUCCUGUUAAUGAUACUAAGAGCCUAAUGAAUCACUCCUGAGUGAUAACUGGCUGGACAGGCCAGUAUGUUAGUUUUUUGAAAAUCUAU